CCCAAAACAAAGGACGUGACGUGACCUGGAGCCAUGAGCCAAAGACUGCAAGACCCCCCGGCAAGACCUUGAUCCGGAAGGACAUCCCGGAAGACUCCGAAAAAACACCUCUGAGUAGACUCAUAGCUUGCCGCGAUGCGCUCCACUCGUGGUGGCCUGGAAUUGAUGGCAGCGGUGCUGUUGGUGGCAAGUGCCGCGCCCUUGGCGCCCACCUGGCCGGGACGCCUGGGGCCGAGUGCGCUGGGACGGGCCGAAGCCGCGAGCUCCUCGAAGCAACGGCCCAGGCUGUGCCCGAUGAAACCGUCCGGGCAUCAGGUGCGACCGACCGCGCGGCCCGCGCCGCCGGCCUCGGAGACUUUCGGGAUCGGCCGCGGUGGAUCCGCCUGGUCCGCGGCGCUUCUGUCCACGGUGGCAGCGCUACUGCUGGGCUGGAACCAAGCAGUCCCUGCCUCGGCCUACAACGCCAUGGCGGACUCCAAGGUCAUGGCCGGUGGUGCAUCCACCACCGGCAAGAACAGUGGUUCCAACAAGAACAUCACCCGAGGUGUGGACUUGACCCGAGCCGACUACUCAGGGAAGAAGGUGGUUGGGGUCUCCUUUCAGCAGUCCAUCGUACGCGAAGGGAAGUUUGUGAACGCCGAUGUCCAGAGCUCGAGCUUCUUCGAUGCGGACUUGGCCAAUGCCGACUUCACGGGGGCGAACUUGAACCAGGUGAACUUCGAACUGGCUCGUUUGUCCGGAGCCAUCUUGGACAAUGCUGUGGCCACGGAGAUGUAUGUCAAUGGGACGACCAAAAUGGAUGUGAAGAGCAUCGACGGAGCGGAUUUCACGGACACGAUUUUCCGGCAAGAUCAGGUGAACUAUUUGUGUGAGAUCGCGAAAGGAACCAACCCAACGACCAAAGUGUCGACCAGGGAUUCGCUGGGUUGCGCCGAGAAAUGAGGGAAUCUGGAAUCCUGGAUGGUGGG